UCCUCAAAUCUGAAUUCAAGAAGCUGUUGUUUUAAAGGAAGUCUUUUCGCGUCACGUGUGACAGACCACGCAUAUAUAGUUCGUGAAUAAUCAACCCGGCGCCACUUCAGUACCACGACAAGCCAAUGAAUUGCGUUUGUCCACAUCCUCGGACGACUUGCCAAGCAGGGGCCAGCGGUUGACGAGGUGUCCCUGAACGCAACAGCAGCUCGUCGACGCCGCGCGCCGAGACAACUACGUGAAGAAGAGCAGCGGCGCUGGAGCCCAAAAUGGUCCAGUAGGAGUGUAAGAUGCCAGCUAUGAGUCAGAGUAGUCCCUCUCUGUGGACUCAGCUCCCCCAGGGCAGCCGGUCCCCAUGUGACCGCUACAAGCAUGCCUGCUGCAGCUACGAUGGACACGUCUAUGUCUUGGGAGGCAGAGACACCAGCUGUCUGAGGGACUUGUGGAGGUACAGCGUAGUAUGUAACGAGUGGACGGAGUUGAACUGCACCGGUGAGGCUGCACCUGAAGAGUUGGAGGAACAUUCUAUGGUGGCUCAUGAGGGCUUCCUGUAUGUGUUCGGAGGCAUGUUGGAUUCUGCUUACACCAAGUGCAGAUGUGCCCUCUGGGUGUUUGACAUUGCAAAGCAGAAAUGGGUGCCCUGCCAGGGAAAGACAAGUUCACCACAGACCCAAAUGCCGACCAACAGAAAGGGGCACAGUGCUGUGGUGCUUGGCUCUGUCAUGCUGGUGUAUGGAGGUUUCGUGGACAUAAAGGGUUCCUCACAGGAAUUUUGGAGUUUGGAUUUCGAUACCAUGGCUUGGUCCCUACUGAGUGACUGUCAGCAGGGCUCAUUAGGCCCGGGCCCGAGACACAGCCACUCGGCCGCGGCCCACCAGGAUUGCAUGUACUUGUUCGGGGGCUUGAAAGGCUUGCGGGAGCAGCGAGACUUCUGGAAGUGGAACUGCAGCAGCCACAAGUGGAGUUCCCUCAGAACCAAGUCCGGUCCCUCCAGACUGAUGGGCCACUCAGCUGUGGCCUACAAGGAUAGCAUGCUGCUUUUCGGGGGUGGCGAGAGCCAGAAUUCGCCAAAGAACUGCCUGUGGAGGUACAACUUCAACAAUCAGACCUGGGGGCAGGUGGCCACACUCCCAGGCUCUAGCCCCCCGGACAAGAUUCACCACUGCUGCACUGGGCUGGGUCCAAGCUACAAGUCGGACACCAGCAGCCCCUCCUCCAACUCAGGACGCCAACCCAGGCUACUGGAGGACAAGGCCUUCAGACCCUUCAAGAACAAGUGUUUCCCUGCACCUCUCACGUUUCUAGGAUCAGAGGGCGACAUCGAGCUGGAGACGUUCAGCCUGGACAAGUGCUACGGUAGCAAAACACUCACACAGCUGGAGAAAAGCAAAGAGGGCUCGACGGGGAAAGAGGAGCCGCAGGUCAGAUACUGUUUGACCUUUGAGAACAAAGCUUUCAGCAAACAGUGGAGCUGCACAGAGGAGGACUUGCUCAAUGAGGACGAUAGUGACAUAGUUCAGCACCUGCCCGAUCUGCUGCUGGUGCUUGGAGGAAGACCUUGCACCAGUCUUGGCCCCAUGUCCAUAUGGCAAAUGACUCUCACUGACUCAGAACAGCCAGUGAAGAACAAACUGACUUUUUUCACGUGACAAGUGUGAAAACAACAGUGUUAUGUCAUUUUUAAGUUGAUCUUACAUAUUUAAAGGGUUUACCAACAUUCUGUAUAUAAGGAAAUAACUUCACAUACAAAAUAGUUUAUACCAAUGACUGUACAGAAAGACGGACAACGCAUCUCCACAGUAAAGCACGUGGUCGUCCAAGAAGUUUCUUCACUUCAUAGUUAUUGCUCACGUGGUCAGAGGGUGGCUGUGGCUCGGGAGGUAGAGACGCCCGAGGGCUGGUGGUUCGAUCCCUGCUUCCUCAGUUAGCACUCCAAUGUGUCCUUGAGUCCUCUUAAUUGCCUCUGAUGGCUCUUCUGGGCAGUGUAUCAGUCUGUGUGAAUGUGACAUGCAUGUCACAUGAAUGCUGCAUGAAUGUGUGUGAAUGGGUGAAUUAGACUUCUCCUGCGCUGUGAGUGGGGGGGUUCACAGUAACCAGCCAUUAGAGUGCGAUCAAGAUGUUUUGGCUUCACUUUUGUUGUUUUUAAUAUGUUGUCAGGAAAUGUAUAUGCAUUAAUAGUAAGUAAUAAUAAUAAGUUCUGAGCAUGGUGCGCUGAAUAUCAACAUCGGGAUCACCAGUCCUUACCCUAUUCCUACUUGCUGCUGUGGCAGUUUAUUGUUUUUACAUAUUACAUAUUUCAGCUCGAUAAGCUGCCGCCAUAUCUGGUGAAGACACUGUCUGAUUACCUUCACAUCUGAAGAAGGAAGGUGUAAGUAAGAACUGGAGCAAAGAUGGGGCCAACAUGCGCAAAACUAGUCGGUUCAUGCACUUAUGUUUAUGCAAAUCUUGUUAAAUAACUAAAAACUGGCGUAUGAACCACGAGACUCACAUAGUCCCUAGAGGCACAAAUGGAGCAGCAGAACAAACCGCAUUACUGUACUGGAAGAAAAAAAGACGUACAUGAACGGAACAAUUAUUUUGAUUCCGUUUCCCCUUACAACUGAUAAAUUAUAGGCUAUAUCUGCAUGAGGAAAAAGCUAAUAUUGGAAUUUGAUGAUUAUAGCAAAAUAUUUCCAGAAAUGACGGAGAGGUGGUCAAUCUGCGUCAUCAGUAGUGGACAAUAUAGGCAGCGGCUGUCAGGUGAUCUGCUAAAAGUUGGGCGGCUGUAGGUUUGAUCCCAGCUGCCACUAGUCCGCAUGCUGAUGCGUCCUUGGGCAAGUCACUUGACCCUAAAUGAUCUCUGGCAGCUCUUCCAGUAGUGUAUGAAUGUGAUGGGGGGAAAAAACGCAGUAGAUUGCAGCCCUGUAUGAAUGUGACUUGUGCUGUAAAGUACUUUGAGUGGACAAUAUCACUAGAAAAGAGCUAUAUAAAUACAGUGUCCCACAAAGUGAAAACAUGGCAUCUCCAUAUCCAUGUCAUAACCCUACAUUAUAACCAAAAUUACACACAAUGGCGCCAGAGCUCAGCGUUCUGUUCUCGUGUCUCAGCAGGAACUUCCAUCAGCUGAAGCUCAGUGUGAAUCUCAGGAGAUGGAUCAGGUUCAGUGAUUUCAAACAGUUGCAGCCCAUCACAUGCAACCAGCCAGGACAAAGAAUAUCAAAAAGGAGUAUUACUUAACCCCAACCCCUUGUACACCUUUGGUUAAUGAUUAUGUAAUAGAUUUGGGGUUUUUUCCACACAGCAUGUGGGAUUCGUCAACUAUAAG